CACCUCUUGUGUGCUGCAAUUGCUUUUGGUCUCACUUUUGAUUUUCUUUUUUUAAUUCCUAAUUUUAUUAUUAUUAUUUUUUGGGGCUCGACUUCCCUCUUUCCACUCCCCCUGCUUUACUCUAUUUAAAGGAUGCCCCUGCGCCUGUCAACCACUGCGUCCCUUUCCCUUCUUCCUCAAGUGAUAUAAAGUAUCCCCUACGGUCGUUCCACGAACCUCAACAACUUUCGCUUCGCCUCUUCACUUCAAAGACACUCGCUAGUCUAUCGAUCGCCUUCGCACGAUCCACUUCAAUCUACCACCCGAGCACUCAGAUCUCGAUAUCACUCGCUAGCAAGAUGCGUUCUUCCAUCCUCCUCGUCGCUUUCUCGGCUCUCGCCGCUGCUCAGUCCUCCGUCGCUGUGCCCCAGGGUCAGCCCUCCGCUGCUGUCACCUCUUCCCCUGUCAUCCCCACUCAGGGCUCUCUGCCCGCUGGUGCUUCCAGCGCUCUUAUUGGAUCUAGCGGUGUUCCCUCUUCCUUCGCGAAGUCGGCCAGCGCCUCUGCUUCUACUUCCACCAAGACCUCCACCAAGACCUCCAGCUCCGACUCUUCCACCUCCACCAGCGACUCGUCCUCCAAGAGCGGCUCCAGCUCCAGCUCCAGCACCUCUUCCGGCGCUGGUGUUCCCCUCGCCACCGCUGGCCCCGUCGGUCUUUCCGUCGUGGCUGGUGCUGCCCUUGCCGCUUUUCUGUAAAUGAAGAGCACAAGUGGUCUUCCUUGCCCUUAGAGGGAGUUGAGUCUCGACCGUCACACACUCCACUCUGGUGGGGAACAGCAGAUACCCAUGGCGAUCGAACCUUCCAUCCAUUCUAAGCCGCAAGGGUCAGGCGCUAUGAAAUCAAAGGGGAUGGAUGUUCUGCGGUUUUCUUUCUUCUGACAUAUGUAACAUUGCUGGGAAGGCUUUUAUUUCUUUGGAUCUUCCUUUCAAAGGUUCACCGCGUGUUCACCAGAGAUUCAUAACUGCGGCGCAC